AUGCCAACAUGGAAAAAGUACGCUCGAAUAAUAUUACCACACAUCGGUCUGAUAUUGUUGUCCGUAGUGUACAUAAUCGGCGGUGCGUUCGCGUUCUAUCAUUUCGAACGACCACAUGAAAUAGCGAUUCGUAAAGCGAAUUUAGACGAUAUCAACGCGCAUCGCAAACUCAUGCUCAAACACAUGUGGUCCAUUAUCAACGACAAUACAACUUCGGAUGAAGAAAUGGAACGCUUGGCAUUGCAGCAUAUGGACAAUGUGACAAGACUUUUGUUCGAGGCAUUUGAUACGCAUUAUAUUAAUGCAGAUCAUUUGAAAGAGAAGGAUCCUGACGAUGAGCAUAGCUGGACUUUUGUGACAGCUGUUUUCUUCACUGCCACUCUACUCACCACUAUCGGUUACGGCAACUUGGUGCCAAUGACGUUCCAAGGCCGUAUGUUCUGCAUAUCGUAUGCUCUAUUCGGUGUUCCACUCAUUCUCAUUACUGUAGCUGAUAUCGGUAAAUUCCUUAGCGAGAAUAUUGUAUGGCUUUAUACGAGGUACGUCCAUGCCAAAAAACAGUGUGUCGAAAAAGCAACCGCGAGUACGUCGAUGAGUACUGACGAAAAUACUGCUCGAGUUAAAGAUCAGCUGAUACAAUUCGGAUUGGAGAAUUACAUAUCGAUACCAAUCUCUUUAAUUGUUGGCAUCCUAUUGGGCUAUAUUGCUGUUGGCGCCGUCUUAUUGUCGACCUGGGAGAGUUGGGAUUUCCUUUCAGGAUUCUAUUUUUCAUUCAUCACUAUGACAACGGUUGGUUUUGGUGAUAUAGUGCCUGUCAAACAAAAAUUCUUCUUAAUCGAUCUCUUCUACAUAAUCAUUGGUUUGGCUAUUACGACGAUGUGCAUCGAUUUGGUUGGAAUACAAUACAUCCGUAAGAUACAUUAUUUUGGACGAGCGAUCAAAGACGCUCGUUAUGCACUGGUGAACGUAAGGGGUCGUAUGGUGCACGUACCUGAUCUCAUGAGAUAUGCAUCUGUGUUACAACAGGCUAGAUCUUUUCUUCUUUCCUUUCCGAGAGGCAGCUUGAUAAAGAAAUACGGUCAGAAGAAGCCGCAUGAUCGCGGAAAUGUGAAAGGUGCGUAUGCACCGAAGGAACUGUCUCUAAUUCGAUUCAUUGAUUAUGGGUCACUGGCUAGCAUAGAAAGUCUUCAUAGUUUUUUCUCGAAUAUAUUCCAUAAGUCUCGAGAACCGAGUGCCGUUUAA